AUGUGUCAGAAGCAUUGCCCAGGACUCUUGUUUCUUUCUGAGACGAAGAAUAGGAAGCUGAUGUUGCAAAACAUUCAGGUUGACUUAGGUUUUAAUAAAUUGUUCACCGUUGAGCCUCUUGGCCAAAGUGGUGGUUUAGCUUUGUUUUUUAUGGAUGAAUUUCAAGUUGUUAUUUUGUUUUCGAAUAAUCGAAUGAUUGAAGUAAAAGCAGUAAUUAAUGAAAUAAAUGUCUACAAGACUUUCGUUUAUGGGGACCAUGUUCUUGAAAAAAGAGAUCAAGUAUGGGAACGUCUUACGCAUUUUGCCACUACUAGAGAUGGUCCAUGGUUUAUGAUUGGCGAUUUUAAUGAAAUAAGAGGCCACCAUGAGAAAGAAGGUGGCAAGAGACGAUCUGAUACAUCAUUUCUCUCUUUCAACCAAAUGAUCUCGGAUUGUGGUAUGCUGGAGUUUCCAUUUUCUGGGAACCAACUAUCAUGGACUGGAAAACGUCCCAAUGGGAAUGUGCGAUGUCGCUUAUAUCGUGCUCUUGGAAAUGAAGAUUGGCAUGAGAAAUUCUCACACUCUAAAGUGCAAUAUCUGCAGCUUAAGGCGAAGGUAGAUAAUCUUUACUCUGAUGAUGAGGCAACGACAGAAAAAAUAGGAGCAGUGCUCAAGGAACUUACCGAAACUCUUAAGGCUGAGGAAAAAUUCUGGAAACAAAAGAGUAGAAUCUUCUGGCUGAGAGAGGGAGAUUUGAACACAAUGUUUUUUCAUGCUAUUACAAGACAGAGAAAAGCCAGAAAUAAGAUUACAUGUCUCUUGGAUUCUGCUGGGAAUCUAGUGGAGGAUGAAGAAAAAUUGGUAGCCAUCGCUACUGAUUACUUUAGAGAGCUUUUUGAAUCUUCCAACCCGGAACUGAUUGAUGAAGCCCUUGCUAAUGUCACAACGACAAUCUCUGAUCAAAUCAAUGCGGACCUCAUGGCUCCUGUUUCCGAAUGGGAAGUAAAAUUGGCGUUAUUCGCAAUGCAUCCAGAAAAGGCACCCGGACCUGAUGGUAUGACAGCCUUAUUUUACCAAAAAUUCUGGGACACAGUGAAAAAUGAUUUAACCCGUAUGGUUAAUGAGUUUCUAUUUGAAGAUACUAUGGCAAAUGGCCUAAAUGAUGCAAAUAUUUGUCUCAUUCCUAAGAUAGACAAACCAAAUGAAAUGCCGCAGUUUCGUCCCAUCAAUCUUUGUAAUGUUAGCUACAAGAUUAUAUCUAAAGUCUUAUGCCAAAGACUAAAGAAGGUACUUCCGGAUCGGAUAUCAGAAACUCAGUCAGCCUUUGUUGCUGGAAGACAAAUAUCGGACAAUGUACUAAUAGCACAGGAGAUGUUUCAUUCUCUCCGUACAGAUCCUGGAGGAAGAAACAAGAGGAUGGCAAUAAAGACGGACAUGAGUAAAGCUUAUGAUCGAUUGGAAUGGGACUUCAUCAGUGUGGUCAUGAAGAAUCAAGGUAAGACAAUGGGGAUGUGUGUAUCACGCGCUAGUCCCCCGGUAUCACACCUUCUCUUCGCUGAUGAUAGCCUAUUCUUCUGUAAGGCGGAGCCCCGUGAAUGCGAUGAAGUUAUGAAAGUUCUAAACACAUAUGAGAAAUCUUCUGGACAAUGCAUUAACUUUGGAAAAUCUUCCUUGCUCUUUGGUAAGAAGAUACCUGGGAAUGUGAAAGAAACUAUCAAAACUACAACGGGGAUUACAAAUGAGGGAGGGAUGGGGACAUAUCUUGGUAUUCCUGAGGAUAUUAGCGGAUCGAAAAGAAAGUUGUUUGUCUUCUUGAAGGAUCGGUUGCAAAAUCGUGUAAAUGGCUGGACAGGACGUUGGCUGACAAAGGGAGGAAAGGAAGUACUCAUAAAGUCUAUCCUACUGGCUCUUCCUACUUACGUGAUGUCAACACUACUCCUUCCAUUAGAGAUCUGUGAAAACUUAGCUAGUACCAUUGCACAGUUCUGGUGGAGCCCGAACCUUCCCAAAAGGGGUAUACAUUGGGUUAAAUGGGAAAAUCUAUGUAAACCAAGAGAGGAAGGAGGAAUUGGAUUCAGAUUGAUCCAUGAAUUCAACCUAGCCCUACUAGGCAAACAAUUAUGGCGCUUGGUACAAAACCCAGAUUCUUUGGUAUCUAGAGUCCUGAGAGGAAAAUACUUCAGAUGUAACACACCUUUGCGGCUUAACAUGGUAGAUAGACCCUCAUAUGGAUGGAGAAGUAUAAUGGCAGCGAAACCAUUGAUGCUGUUGGGGAUCAGACAGAAGGUUCACUCCGGGAAUGAGAUUAGAGCUUGGGAAGACAGUUGGAUACCAACAAUACCAGCAAGACCAGCUAGACCAAUAGCACCGGUAGUACAUCCAAUGAUGUCAGCUCAUCACUUUAUGAUUGGGGAGCCAAAAACAUGGAACUUGGAGAUGCUUGAAAAGUACGUACACCCGAACGACACCCUUCUGAUCCAAUCUUUGGACAUAAGCCAAGGACAUCAGCGAGAUAAAUAUUGUUGGAGCUAUACUAAGAAUGGGAUGUACACUGUUAAAUCGGGAUAUUGGGUAGCCACAAACAUCCUCAAUAGAGAACCAUUGGAAAUCAAGAAAGAACAGAGCAUCACAAAACUCCAUGCCUUUGCUUGGAAGAUACAAGCUCCACCAAAGCUAAAACAUUUUAUCUGGCAAACAAUAUCUGGACAAUUAGCAGUAACAAAUAACUUAACACAUCGGCAUAUGCGAUGCGACAAUCAUUGUCCAAGAUGUGGAGCAGAUGAUGAAACUAUAAAUCAUGCCAUCUUUGAGUGUCCCCCAGCAUUACAGACAUGUGCGCAUGCAACAGCUCCAACCCCGUCAACGUUGUUCCCUACCACAAGUCAUUAUGCGAACAUUGAUUAUCUUUUUUGGAGGAAAAAUGACAUAGAAGACCCUGAAUUGGACAAAGACCCAUAUCCCUGGAUUAUAUGGUAUAUUUGGAAAGCAAAGAAUGAUAAAAUUUUCAGAGGAAUAGACAUGGACCCCUUGGAAACUGUCCGACAUGGUGAAUCAGAAUGUCAUGCUUGGUUCGAAGCAAACAUUAAACAAGAGGAACAAAUUUGGUUGUGGGUGGACAUGGAAAACCUCAGAAGGAACGACUCAGCUAUUGGGAGCAAGAAACCAACGACGAAGAAUCUCACCACUUUAUUCGGAGCUUGA